AUGGCUCUUGGAAACCAGCAGCUGUUGCCCAACCUGCUCAAGAAAGCUACCAGUCUUCCCAGGGAUCUUCAGCCAGCUCUGCUGCCCAACGUGGCUCUUGGAAACCAGCAGCUGUUGCCAAACCAGCUCGAACAGGCUACCAGUUUUCCCAGGGAUCUUCAGGAAUAUCAGCCAGCUCUGCUGCCCAACAUGGCUCUUGGAAACCAGCAGCUGUUUCCCAACCUGCUCAAACAGGCUACCAGUCUUCCCAGGGAUCUUCAGCCAGCUCUGCUGCCCAACGUGGCUCUUGGAAACCAGCAGCUGUUGCCAAACCAGCUCGAACAGGCUACCAGUUUUCUCAGGGAUCUUCAGGAAUAUCAGCCAGCUCUGCUGCCCAACAUGGCUCUUGGAAACCAGCAGCUGUUUCCCAACCUGCUCAAACAGGCUACCAGCCUUCCCAGGGAUCUUCAGGAAUAUCAGCCAGCUCUGCUGCCCAACAUGGCUCUUGGAAACCAGCAGCUGUUUCCCAACCUGCUCAAACAGGCUACCAGCCUUCCCAGGGAUCUUCAGGAAUAUCAGCCAGCUCUGCUGCCCAACAUGGCUCUUGGAAACCAGCAGCUGUUUCCCAACCUGCUCAAACAGGUUACCAGCCUUCCCAGGGAUCUUCAGCCAGCUUUGCUGCCCAACAUGGCUCUUGGAAACCAGCAGCUACAGCCAAACCAGCUCAAACAGGCUACCAGUCUUCCCUGGGAUCUUCAGGAAUAUCAGCCAGCUCUGCUGCCCAACAUGGCUCUUGGAAACCAGCAGCUGUUUCCCAACCUGCUCAAACAGGCUACCAGCCUUCCCAGGGAUCUUCAGCCAGCUUUGCUGCCCAACGUGGCUCUUGGAAACCAGCAGCUACAGCCAAACCAGCUCAAACAGGCUACCAGUCUUCCCUGGGAUCUUCAGGAAUAUCAGCCAGCUCUGCUGCCCAACAUGGCUCUUGGAAACCAGCAUCUGUUUCCCAACCUGCUCAAACAGGCUACCAGCCUUCCCAGGGAUCUUCAGGAAUAUCAGCCAGCUCUGCUGCCCAACAUGGCUCUUGGAAACCAGCAGCUGUUUCCCAACCUGCUCAAACAGGCUACCAGCCUUCCCAGGGAUCUUCAGCCAGCUUUGCUGCCCAACGUGGCUCUUGGAAACCAGCAGCUACAGCCAAACCAGCUCAAACAGGCUACCAGUCUUCGCUGGGAUCUUCAGGAAUAUCAGCCAGCUCUGCUGCCCAACAUGGCUCUUGGAAACCAGCAGCUGUUUCCCAACCUGCUCAAACAGGCUACCAGCCUUCCCAGGGAUCUUCAGGAAUAUCAGCCAGCUCUGCUGCCCAACAUGGCUCUUGGAAACCAGCAGCUGUUUCCCAACCUGCUCAAACAGGCUACCAGCCUUCCCAGGGAUCUUCAGGAAUAUCAGCCAGCUCUGCUGCCCAACAUGGCUCUUGGAAACCAGCAGCUGUUUCCCAACCUGCUCAAACAGGCUACCAGCCUUCCCAGGGAUCUUCAGGAAUAUCAGCCAGCUCUGCUGCCCAACAUGGCUCUUGGAAACCAGCAGCUGUUGCCAAACCAGCUCGAACAGGCUACCAGUCUUCCCAGGGAUCUUCAGCCAGCUUUGCUGCCCAACGUGGCUCUUGGAAACCAGCAGCUACAGCCAAACCAGCUCAAACAGGCUACCAGUCUUCCCUGGGAUCUUCAGGAAUAUCAGCCAGCUCUGCUGGCCAACAUGGCUCUUGGAAACCAGCAGCUGUUGCCAAACCAGCUCGAACAGGCUACCAGUAUUCCCAGGGAUCUUCAGCCAGCUCUGCUGCCCAACAUGGCUCUUGGAAACCAGCAGCUGUUGCCAAACCAGCUCGAACAGGCUACCAGUAUUCCCAGGGAUCUACAGCCAGCUCUGCUGGCCAACAUCGCUCUUGGAAACCAGCAGCUGUUGCCAAACCAGCUCGAACAGGCUACCAGUAUUCCCAGGGAUCUUCAGCCAGCUCUGCUGCCCAACAUGGCUCUUGGAAACCAGCAGCUGUUUCCCAACCUGCUCAAACAGGCUACCAGCCUUCCCAGGGAUCUUCAGGAAUAUCAGCCAGCUCUGCUGCCCAACAUGGCUCUUGGAAACCAGCAGCUGUUUCCCAACCUGCUCAAACAGGCUACCAGCCUUCCCAGGGAUCUUCAGGAAUAUCAGCCAGCUCUGCUGCCCAACAUGGCUCUUGGAAACCAGCAGCUGUUGCCAAACCAGCUCGAACAGGCUACCAGUCUUCCCAGGGAUCUUCAGCCAGCUUUGCUGCCCAACGUGGCUCUUGGAAACCAGCAGCUACAGCCAAACCAGCUCAAACAGGCUACCAGUCUUCCCUGGGAUCUUCAGGAAUAUCAGCCAGCUCUGCUGGCCAACAUGGCUCUUGGAAACCAGCAGCUGUUGCCAAACCUGCUCAAACAGGCUACCAGCCUUCCCAGGGAUCUUCAGGAAUAUCAGCCAGCUCUGCUGCCCAACAUGGCUCUUGGAAACCAGCAGCUGUUGCCAAACCAGCUCGAACAGGCUACCAGCCUUCCCAGGGAUCUUCAGGAAUAUCAGCCAGCUCUGCUGCCCAACAUGGCUCUUGGAAACCAGCAGCUGUUUCCCAACCUGCUCAAACAGGCUACCAGCCUUCCCAUGGAUCUUCAGGAAUAUCAGCCAGCUCUGUUGCCCAACAUGGCUCUUGGAAACCAGCAGCUGUUUCCCAACCUGCUCAAACAGGCUACCAGCCUUCCCAGGGAUCUUCAGGAAUAUCAGCCAGCUCUGCUGCCCAACAUGGCUCUUGGAAACCAGCAGCUGUUUCCCAACCUGCUCAAACAGGCUACCAGUCUUCCCAGGGAUCUUCAGGAAUAUCAGCCAGCUCUGCUGCCCAACGUGGCUCUUGGAAACCAGCAGCUGUUGCCCAACCUGCCCAAGAAAGCUACCAGUCUUCCCAGCGAUCUUCAGCCAGCUCUGUUGCCCAACGUGGCUCUUGGAAACCAGCAGCUACAGCCAAACCAGCUCAAGGAAGCUACAAUGCAUAUCCCUAUGCCUCUGGCUCUCAUAGAGUUUCUUCUGGCAACCUCAACUCUCGUCUUGGUCAGUCUAAGGGCUAAAGAUAUACCUUGACAUGAUGCCUCAAUAAAAAAGUUUUUGUACAAUA